UCGUGCUUCAGACGAUCCAUUCCGUCCACACGCACACACACAAACACACAAACACAUACAGUACAGACACACAUACACACGCGCUCAGUGUCGCUCUUCUGCAGCUCCACACACAGUGCGCGCGCGCCCUCCGCUUUUACGCGUCUGACAUCUGCAGACAUCCCGACUCACAGUAUCAAGCCAUCGAUGGAGGCAGCGCUCUUAGCGAGACAAGGGGAGCUCUUUUAGUUACAGAGAUUUCCCGGUGUUCUGUGCGAUCUCCUCACCCCUUUCAUGUUGAACAAAAUGUGGAACACAUGUCCGGUCAUAACUGAAGCCUCCGCUGAGAGCUAAGAAUCUUAAAGGAAACCCGCAGGCGUCUUUUCUCCCGUUUGCGCGCACAGCGGUUUGUAUAUGCAAACGGUGGUUUACUUCAGGAAGCCAUGGAGGGACUCGUCUAAGGAGGACCCAACAUAGUCAUCUUUUUCCAGUUAUCUUCUGGUUGAUUUUCAUCUUUAAACCUCUUCCUGGCAAGAGCGGCCCGUCUCCUUGCACACAAUGGCAGAGAAGGCCGAACUUGGGGUUCCGAAACCUGGAGGCAGAUCUGCGACUUCGCUUCCGCCCGAGCCUAUCGAGAUCAUCCGGACCAAGGCCCGGUCCAGGAGGGUCCGUCUCAACGUCGGGGGCCUCAACCAUGAGGUCUUAUGGCGGACCUUGGACCGGCUUCCCAGAACCAGAUUAGGCAAGCUCAGAGACUGUAACACCCACGAGUCUCUAAUGGAGGUCUGCGAUGACUACUGCCUGAAUGAGAACGAGUACUUCUUUGACAGACACCCUGGCGCGUUCACGUCCAUCUUGAAUUUUUACAGAACUGGAAAGCUGCACAUGAUGGAGGAAAUGUGCGCUCUGUCUUUUGGACAAGAGCUUGAUUACUGGGGCAUCGACGAAAUCUACCUGGAGUCGUGCUGCCAGGCUCGCUACCAUCAGAAGAAAGAGCAGAUGAACGAGGAGCUGAGGAGAGAGGCAGAGACUCUGAGAGAGAGGGAAGGAGAGGGGGAAUUUGAUAACACCUGCUGCCCAGACAAGAGGAAGAAACUUUGGGAUCUUUUGGAGAAGCCAGGUUCAUCAGUUGCUGCUAAGGUAAUGAAAAUCUUCAAUGGACAAUCUUGGAUGGAGCUGCUGAUCAGCACAAGUGCCUAUGAGAGACAGAAAUAUCAGGACUCACUUGUACUAGUGGUUUCCUUGUAAUGGAGUCAAAUCAAUUGCAUCUGGUAUGCUGUGCCCUGCUAUUGUUGUGUGAGAUAAUAUUGCAAUCAACCGCUUUAUCGCAGGUCAAGUCGGAUUGAAGUAAAGAGGUUAAGUGACAGAAUCUGACAUACUGUAGGCAAACAAAGAUGCCAAUGCAGCUGGUUACCAUGACGAUCCAUGCCAUAGACAAAUCUCUCUGCAUCUGUGGUAGAUAUGAAAAUGCAGGCAUUCCCACAGGGAAAACACAGUACAUAUCUCAGAGCUCGACUACAAUGCAUUGUGGGAAAAUAUAGAAUUACCCAUGUUUUUUGAUGUGUUGUUCAGUCUUAUCCCUCGUCUCUCUGUCGCCAGUUAAGGCCAUAGUUACUAAAAUUGAAAUGGGAUUGUAUUUUUGUUGUAUUUAUUUUAGUUUCGUUUUGUUGUCUUGCUGAAACUGCAUGUCUAUGGUUACAUAACCCAGGGUUUUACAGAAUGAAUAUUUAAUCUGUGGCCCUGUGAAGCAUUCACACAUGAAAGCAUGCAAAUGAAGAGGAGAAAGUGGGCAUGGGUCGAUGUGCAGUUGCUCUGCCAAGUUCCAUCUCUGCUCCCCUUUAAUUGCAGAAUGAUUACCGCCAUACAUUAAACAAUACAGAGAUAUUCAAAAGAGUCUGCUUUCACGUGGUCUGUCACGUUAUAAACUUUAUAAAAGUAAG